GCCGUUACAUAAUCAUUACGCUAAAAGUAAAACAUGUUAAAAACUGAAUUUUUAAACGGCUAUUAACAUUUAGAAAUUGCGCUCUCCUUACAUUGACUUUGAGUUUGCGUGCGAAAUGAAUAUCGGAGUCUAUUAAUGUUUCUGAACGCAACGUGCGCGCACGCAAUUAAUAUAAAUUGGAGACACAAAAUAAAUAAAAAAGAACAAUAAACAUAAAUUUUAAAUGCCAAAAUGAAGGUGAAAGUGUUAACAAUUUUGUUAUAUUUAAUUUGUUUUUUAAACUUAACGGAAUGUAUAACUUCCCGUGAAUAUGGCGGAAGCGUAAAUUCAAAAAAGGAACAGCUGAAAGUUUCCAGGAGCUACAAAACGCGUGGAGAAGUGAUGGACAAUUUGUUUAUAGUUUUUGAUCCGUCCUUUUUGUCGUACGUGUGGCCCAAAAUAAAGAACGGUGUGCAUUUAAAUAUUGGAGAUUUUUGUUGGGAGGAUGUUAGUGUGCUUUUGAGGGAUUUAGCAGGGGGGCGUGCUUGGGCGUACAGAGCUGCAGAUGCCUCAGGCCGGUACCAGUCCGGUCUGUUUGAAGGGAAGAGGUUCUGGCUUGGCUCCAAACAACAGUGCCUUAAGUUAGACAAGAGCCACGUGUUGACGGAAAGCAACGACACGUGGGGCGAGUUCUACAGCGGAGACUACCUCAACACCUUGCUCAGCAGGGAGAAGGAGUUCGGUGGAAAUAUAGAUGAAUGGCAUGCUCUAGUAGAGCGCGACGAGCUGAUGAGGCGCGUGGUGCAGGAGGACAACGAAGCGCCCAUGCCGCUGGCGUACACCGCUCUACAGAUCAUGCUCAACAUCACCAAGUUUACUAUGCCGAAGUCCUACGAUAUCACGCUAGGGCUGUGUCUACCACGUACAUGUUCUGCCGAGGAGGUCGUAUCUAUUAUCAACUUCUCCAUAAUGCUCAACGACCACUUGAAGACAAACAAAACUGUAUCUAGAUCCGUUAGAAUAACCUCUCUCAGAUACAUUGAAAAUUUUUACGACAUCAAAACUGAUAUAGCAGCUGUAAUGCUUAUAUUAGUCACUGCUUGUCUUGUUGUACUAGCUAUCAUUGCCACAAUUGUUGACUUCGAUUGGAUUAAAUUCAAACCGUACAGCAAAACGUCGAGUUUCGACCUACAGCAAUACAGCCAUGAAGACAAGAGAUAUGCAGAAGAAAAGAAAAUUAAUGUUUGUAAAAAGGAACAAGUGUCGAGCUAUGAUUUGCAGCAGUACAAUCAGGAUAUUGAGAAAAGGUAUGCCGAUGAAAAGAUAGCCAACGUCCACAGGAAAGAGCACAAAUUGGUAGAAGGAGAGGCGUUGUCCUUAAAGAGUUACAGUGAACUAAAGAAAGCUAUGAGAGAAAAGGCUCUGCCUCCGUCGAUUACGCUAGACGUAGUGACUCCGGAAGGGAACACCAGCUGUUACAGAUGCGGCAAGUAUAAGAAGCAGUGCGCGAGCUCUUCACAAGUGGAGAGCGUUCCGUGUCCGAGGUUGAAGUACAACUCGUGCGCGAGUCUCACCACUGAGUACAAAAGGAAGAACAGCGUGUACAAGAGUCUAUUGCUGAGUUUCUCACUGAAGCACAGUUGGAUGAGAAUAUUUAACACGAGCAUGGCGAACAAGGACCUCGCUAUGAUACACGUUUUGAGAAUAAUUGCUGUCUUGUGGAUCAUUUUCGUGCACGUCGCUGUAACCGUGGAUUAUAUUUCAGAAAAUGGCGCUGAUGUAGACGACCAUAAUAAUGCGUUUUACAUAUUGGCUACUGGAACUUUGGCUUAUGACACUCUUUUCUUUGUCAGUGGCGUGUUUAGCGCGCAGCACUUCUUCUACCUGAAGAGUCGCUACUCCGUGGAGGAGCUGGUCAACAUGGGCGGUUUCUGCGGACAAGCGUUGCAGCUCAUCUGCUUUAUUACUAACAGAGCUAUCCGAUUGCUCCCACCAUACAUGUACACCAUCUUCCUGACGGCGGUGCUGUCGCGAGUGUCGCGCGAUACGGCGGUGCUGCUGCUGCCCGAGCGCGACUACGACUCCUGCGACACUCACUGGUGGCGCAACCUGCUCUACAUCUCCAACCUCUAUCCACUGGAGGAACAGUGCAUGCAAGUGUCGUGGUACCUGUCGGCCGAGACGCAGCUGCACGCGCUGGGCGCGCUGCUGUGCAUGUUGCUGGCGACGGGGAACCGCAAGGCGGCCGCCUUCAUCGCCGCCGCGCUGCUCUUCGGCGCCACGGGCUUCGACCUCACCACUGCCUACACGGAUUUUAAGCUGCGCGCAUCAAACGCCUUCGCCUUGUACGCCAUAGUCAUUAACCGGCCGUGGAGCCGCGUGGCGCCGUACUUUGUGGGAGUGCUGUCGGGUUGGUUGGUGUACGUCAUGGACGGAGAGUGUGCCGUCUCUAAGACAAGCGCGUGGUGCUUCUGGUCGGCGACGGCGAGCACGUGGCUGGCGUCGCUCGUGCUGCCGUGGGUGCAGUGCCGCUGGGUGGCGGGCUGGCUGCACCUCACGUGGCCCGUGGCGCUGCUGUGGCCCACCCUGCUCUGCGCCACCAGGUUCUGCAGUAAAACCCGUCCCAUACUGAGCAGCGCUUGUGUGGUGGGAGUGAGCCGGCUGUGCUACACCAUGUUCCUGCUGCACGGGCUCAUAGCGCGCUACCUGCUGCUGUCAGCGGACGCGGCUCUCUGCUCGCACUUCUAUUGCAUUUUGUGUUAUUUCGCGGGCUGCACGCUGGUGACGCUCGCAGCGGCGCUGUGCCUGUCGCUGCUGCUGGAGAUGCCCAGCUGCUGCCUUCUCAGGAGAGUCUCCGACUACACCUACCGGUGAACAGACUACCGGUGAUCUUCGUUCCUACAUACUUAUUAUAACAAUACCAUACCUAAGUUAAUUUGUUGAUACACAGCUGAAUCCUCGGCCGAGCGGUAGAGGGGUGCGGGGUGUGACGUCAGAGCGGGAGGAAUUAUAGCUUGGCAAAUUUCGUUCUCGUAGACUACUAGUGCUCAUCGUUCCUACGUACUUGUUAUAACAAUACCAUACCUAAGUUAAUUUGUUGUUGAACACACAGCUGAGUCCUCGGCCGAGCGGUAGAGGGGUGCGGGGUGUGACGUCAGAGCGGGAGGAAUUAUAGUUUGGCAAAUUUCGUUCUCGUAGACUACCAGUGCUCAUCGUUCCUACGUACUUGUUAUAACAAUACCAUACCUAAGUUAAUUUGUUGUUGAACACACAGCUGAGUCCUCGGCCGAGCGGUAGAGGGGUGCGGGGUGUGACGUCAGAGCGGGAGGAAUUAUAGUUUGGCAAAUUUCGUUCUCGUAGACUACCAGUGCUCAUCGUUCCUACGUACUUGUUAUAACAAUACCAUACCUAAGUUAAUUUGUUGAUACACAGCUGAGUCCUCGGCCGCGUGGUAGAGGGCUGCGGAGUGUGACAUCAGAGCGGGAGGAAUUAUAGUUUGGGAAAUUCAUUCGUAACACUCCCGGUGAUCCGCGUGGGCCGGGAGGAGGGAUACCCCGCGCAGUCCUUUCCUCCCGUCGCCCGCAUAUCAUGGGAGUGUCAUAAACGAACUUGCCAUAGUAAUUCCCACUUAUUCCUUGACAGGCCUGAGUUUAUAAUGUCUCAUAUUCAAAGGGUGUUUGCAAAAAUAAUGUGUUACCCCGCACGCCUCUUACUCUCUGGUACUGCGCGAUUGAGGACUUAUAUAUGCGAUUUUAUUUUAACAAACUUACUAUUAGUAUUACCUACCUAUUUAAUCACUCCAGUAUUUUAGAAUAUUAAUUGUAUCUAUAAGGUUAAAAUUAAACAAAUUAAAAAUU